UUUCAACAGUGUACCCCUCCCCGUUUUUUUUCCCUUAUUACUAGUAUGGCUCUUUCAGCUUCAAAGGCCACUCAAAAUAAAGAAUCAACAAACAAAAUCAUACUGGACUAUUUGCUUUAUCUCUCAAUACAAUCAAGACUAAGACAAGCGCGUGUGGAGCUUUUAGAACUUUCUUCACCUUUGCCCCAAUCAGAGCAACAGGACGAUACUGUUCAGAAACGUAAACAAGUAUGGCAAGAUACUGCUUCAAAAGCAGAAAAAGACAAGAAUGCAGUUGAAUCCAUUGUAGCUGGUAUCUUAUCCAGCCACUGCAAUAAACAAAUUGCUUCUUCAAAUGCUAUACUUGAGCAAAGACUUCAUUUAUGCCAACUUACCAAUCUCGUAUUUGGUCGAUUUGAUGCUUUAUCUACCGGUCAGCAUGUCAUUGCUCAUUCAACUGCUCGUCGUCGACGCCAUGAAUCCCAUAUGGUUCAUUUAGAUGAUAAGGAUACGACACACGAACAAGACAGCUUGAAGAAACGACAACGCAUAUUUUCGGUACCCAUUUUACCAGCCUUUUGUCGAAGACACCGAAUUCAAAACUGCUAUGGAUGUCGUUCACCUUAUUUGAAAGAAAAGCCUAAGUAUGCCAUGAAAAUGAACCAGGUACAUCAGUUGGAAGAAGACAGUCCGAUCAGUAACCAAGGGCCCUUCAAGACACUGGAUUUAGCACGCAUUUCACCACCUACGCCGCCAGCUGGUCUGAUUGAAGCGAUACCUACUUUUUUAUGUACGAGUGCAGACAUGCUUAGACGUGCACUUGAUUCUUCACAUGAUAUGAACAUCAUCUUUGCAGGACAAAAAGUGAUGGGAGGUGGUAUGCCACCACGAUGGUAUGAUCUUUUUUUGGAAUUGUUGACACAGGCUGCUAUCGAAAGUUAUUUAUGUGACACUCAGGCUGGCCUAGAGCCUAUUUUUGAGAUAUUUUCAUAUGGAGAAGUAGAGGAUGAAGACCAUGAAGAAGAGGAAGAGGAAGAGGAAGAGGACGAAGAACAAGUGUUGGAUGAAUGGGGUAUUCGUGCCGCUGACCACCAUUUGUUGUUUCCCAAGACACGAACAAUGCAUUUAUAUAAGACACAAGUGAGAGAAAGAGAGAAAGAAUUUUUAUAUGUAGAAGAAGGCGUGACACUUCAAGCUCAUUUUGAAAAACUAGCCUCAAGAUACCCUUUAGAGACAUUUGAGAAAAACAUUGGCGAGUUCAUUUUGAUGAUUUUGAACAUGAUGGAUGUGCCUACAUUGGAUAAAGUAAGUGUAUUAUAUGCAUACUGGUAUUGACUAUUGUUGAUAGUAUGAAAGUUUGAAUGUUGAAGAUUCCUUAUCUGGACCUUCUGUUUACAAGUUUCCAAGUGAUGGUUCGCUUUUAAUGCCUGAAAUCCCUGAUGAGGAUAUAAUAGAGACAAAGAAACGAUCUGCUAGUGAUCCUGUAGAUCAAGAACACGAAAAUAAGCGUAUCAAAAAAUGAAUAAACUAUGUUAUUUAAUGACAUGUACCACUUUC